AGAUAUUUGAGGGAUGGAAAAGGUUGACACAGGAGAUGUUUCAAAUCAAAUUGAAGAGGAAAGCAAAGAGCUGAUAAUACUUGACAUUCCAGAAGCAGAAGACUUGAAAAUUUUACUAUCAGAGCCUGCCUUAUGGCCUGAGCUUUGUAUUUACAGGGUUCCAAGAAAACUUCGAGCAAUAAAUCCAGCAGCCUAUACACCUCAGUUGAUUUCAAUAGGGCCUUUUCACCGCAAGAACAAAGCAUUAAUGCCUAUGGAGAAGCAGAAAUUGCGAUACUUGGCAGAGUUCUGUAAAAGGAUUGGAAUUAAUUGGACUGAGCUUGCCAACCAAAUUAAAGAGUGGGAGCUAAGUAUCCGCCAUUGUUAUGAAGAGACAUUUGAUGAUGUAUCUAGUGACAAGUUCGUCAGCAUGAUUCUCCUGGAUUCUGUGUUCAUCGUCGAGCUCUUCUUAAGGAGAGAAGAAAAAUAUAAUUUCGUUAGAAAACAAAUGCAUGGAAAUUUUAAAGAUGAUUUUAUACUCGGAAAAUCAACACGAGAGUUUGGUGUAUUAGGGGAUUUGAUAUUGGUUGAAAAUCAGCUACCCUAUUUCGUUCUUGAUGAUUUAUAUGAAUUCUCUAUCGGCAACUCUAAUGAAGAAGGCUAUCCUUCUUUCUUUGACCUUGUACGCUUUAACUUUGAAGACUACUUGUCCCCUCCUGAAAUUCAAGAAGAUAAAAAUCUCAAGUGUACCUGCGAUUGCUUCUCUUGCUUGUAUUGUUUCUGGAUCACUAGAUGCUUCUCCUGUCAGAGGGACGGGGAUCAAAGCGCAGAAAAAGAAGAUGAAGAAGGCAGCCUUGAUCAGGAGAAACCUCUAAAUUUCACUGAUUUGGUUCGAAAAUCUAGAUCUUUCAGGCAUCCAGUAUCGAAGAAUAACAAGUCAGUAAUGAAGCUAUAUAGCGCCACUAUGUUACAAGGGGCGGGAGUGAAGUUUAAGGCGAGUAAAGAGGCAUGGCCUAUUGACAUAAAAUUUGAGAGAGGAGAGUUGAAAAUGCCAAGAUUCUUAGCUGACGAUAACACGGAGCGUGUUAUUCGAAACCUGAUGGCUUUCGAGCAAUGUCACUAUCCAAACGAGCCAUUGAUAUGCGAUUACAUUUGGAUUCUUGAUUUUCUGAUCAAUACGGAGAAGGACGUGGAUGUGCUUGUUCGAAAGGGGAUCAUUUUGAACUUGCUAGGCGACGACAAAACAGUAGCCAACUUGGUGAAUAAUCUUGGAUUAGAGAUUACAGCAUCUGGGUCUUGUUUUUACGAUCUGAGUGAGGGGCUGAAUAACCACUACGAGAAUCCAUGGUGUCGUACGGUGGCAAUCAUGAGAAGUGUGUAUUUCAACAACCUGUGGAGAGGCACUGGAACAAUCGCUGCAAUUGUACUCUUAUUUUUCACCUUCACGCAGUCUGUGUAUUCCAUCAGCCAGAUAUUCUCUUGAAAGGUUGUGUAAUUGUGUGGGCUGAUGCUCUGUGUUUCUUUUUCAACUUGCUUUUGUAAUAAGGGGUACGUUAAUAGUGUGUUUCCUCCAUGUACAUUUCCUUCCAUUUCU